AUGACUGCUGUCGAGAAGCACUCCGGCCCCUCCCAGUCGGAAAUUGAUGCGCCUCUUUCUGCCACAGGCGAUUUACAGCCGGAGAAACAAGUGAAUAUCAACACGGGCAAUGGGGAUACUCUCGCCGGAUGGCGACUGACAUUGCUCACGAUCGGGCUCUGCCUUAGUGUUUUCCUCUCGGCGCUCGACAUCACAAUUGUCAGUACGUCACUCACUGCCAUAGCAAAUGACCUGCAGGCUUUUGAAAAAAGUAGCUGGGUGGUCUCCAGUUACCUAACUUCCUACUUCAGUUUCCUGAUCAUAUGGGCCAAACUGAGCGAUUUCUUCGGGCGAAAGCUCAUGCUCGUUGCUGCCCUGGUGCUCUUCCUGGUGUUCUCGGGUGGUUGUGCAGGAGCGAAGUCAACAAUACAGCUGAUCAUGUUCCGGGCUUUCCAAGGCGUGGGCGGUGCUGGGAUCUUCAGCAUGGCUCCCAUAAUUGUAGCUGAGAUGGUGACUCCAGAGAAAUACGGGGCAUACAAUGGUAUUAUAUCGUUGGCCAUUGCAUUCAGUUUUCUCCUGGGACCGUUAUUUGGAGGUGCGAUCACCGACGGUACAUCAUGGCGGUGGAUAUUCUAUAUCAACCUCCCUGUCGGAUUCGUUGCCUUGGGUCUGGUAUUACUGGCAAUGCCGGUCUCAUUCCCGGACGUAUCACAAACCCAGUCUUUCUCUCUGAUCCAUAAGAAGAUCGAUUGGAAAGGACAGGUCGACUACCCGGGUUUCUUCCUUCUCCUUGCCGCUUGCGUUCUGCUUAUCGUGGCUAUCGAAGAAGCAGGGAUCUCCUUUUCUUGGAGCUCAGCUCUCGUGAUCACAUGUUUGGUCCUUGCCGCGGUUCUUCUAUGCAUGUUUUUCGCUUGGCAGUGGCUUCUCUACCGUCGGAAGUCCACCAGAGAACCGGUAUUUCCAUGGACAUUCAUGAAGAACCGAGUCCUCAUGGGAAUGUAUCUGAAUGCUAUUCUCUCCGGCGUUCCAUUCGUAACUCUUGUCCUGGAGAUGCCCCUCCGAUUCGAAAACGUCAACAACAGCUCCGCCGUACUUUCAGGAGUCCGCAUCCUUCCCUACACGAUGACAAUAGCGCUUGGAUCAGCCCUGACAGGCGGCCUAACGGCCCGCGGUCGUGUGCCACCCAUCUUUGUUCUCUGCACCGCAACCAUCCUGCAACUUCUUGGAGUGGGAUUGCUUUAUUCCAUUCCUGUAGAUACUAACCUCCCUGCUAAACUAUACGGCUAUCAAGUCCUCGCUGGCUUGGGUGUCGGACUGAGUCUAACUACUCUCUUGAACAUUGUCCCUUUUAUCGUUGACAAAAGUGUUCUAUCCGUAGCAAUGGGCGGGGUAACCCAGUUGCGAAUCCUGGGUGGCGCGCUGGGUGUCUCGAUCGCCACGAAUCUACUGAACAACACCGCAAAAAGCCAGUUGAGAACGCAGUUACCUACGGAUGUCAUCUCUAAGAUUCUAGCAAAUGCUUCUUACGUGAACACACUGCCUCGGUCGGAUCAGGAGCUUGUGAGAGAAGCCUUUGCGGAUGGAUUUCAUAAGCAGUUACUCAUGAUUCUGGCAUUUUGUGCAGCGGAGGUGUUGGCUUUGGUGCUAAUUUGGGAGAGGCCUGCGAGACGAUUGGCUUAA